AUGAAUACAUAUAAAGAUUUUAAUAAUGCAAUAGAUCAAAAAAAAUUAUUGGAUGAAUGUAUAUUUGUUGUUAAAGAACAAAGUUUUUAUAUGAAACAAUCAUUGGAAAAUGGAUCAUUAAGAGAUACAUUAAAAUAUGCAUCAAAUAUGUUGUGUGAAUUGAGAACAUCUCUGUUAUCCCCUAAGUAUUAUUAUGAAUUGUAUAUGAUAAUAUUUAAUGAAUUACAGCAUUUAGAUAAUUUCAUAAGUGAUAAAAAGAAACAUAAAAAAAAAUUUAUUGAUAUAUAUGAAAGUGUUCAACAUGCAGGCAAUAUUAUUCCACGUUUAUAUUUAUUAAUAAUUGUUGGUAGAAAUUAUAUAAAGAAUAAAGAUAUUAAAGCAAAAUACAUAUUAAAAGACAUGACUGAAUUGUGUAAAGGAAUUCAACAUCCACUAAGAGGUUUAUUUUUGAGAUAUUUUUUAAUACAAAUGUGCAAAGAUAGAAUACCAGAUACUGGUAGUGAAUAUGAAGAAGCUGGGGGUGGUAAUAUUGAUGAUGCUUUUGAGUUUUUAUUAACAAAUUUUUAUGAAAGCUUAAAAUUAUGGAGUCGUAUGAAUGAUAAAACAUUAAGGAUACCAAACUUGCCAGAUGAAAAUGUAGUUAAUAAUAGAAUAAAAGUUUUAAAAGACAAAAUGGAUGUUAAAAUGUUGGUUGGAUCUAUUUUAGUAAGAAUGUCACAAUUAGAAGGUAUGACAACACAAUACUAUAUCGAAAAGUGUUUACCAAAACUGUUGUUGUAUUUAUCUAAUAUAAAUGAUUCUUUAAUACAACAAUAUAUUUUUGAAUCAAUUGUACAAGUUUUCAGUGAUGAAUGUCACAUAUAUAGCUUAGAAACAUUAUUAAAUGCUGUUUUAAAAAUAAAUAGUUCUUUAGAUUUUAAAAGUAUCCUUAUAACAUUAUUAAAAAGAUUAAGAUCUUUUAUUGAAUCAAAUAAAUACGAAUUUCCAAAAAAUGUUGAUAUUUUUAACUUAUUUUAUGAUCAUCUAAUUUUAUAUGUAAAUAAAACUUUGGAUAUUUACGCAAAAACUAAGUAUAAUUCAAGUUAUGAAAAUGCAAAAAAAUGCAAAUUAAACAAUGGAAAUAUAGAAAAUUUGAAAAAUUCUGAUAAUGAUGAUGUUUCGCAAAAUAACAAUAAUUUUAAUGAUAUAAAUAGUAAUAUUAAUAAUUUAAGUAGUAAUUUAAAUAAUACCAUAAAUAAUAACAAUAAUGAAAUAAAAUAUAAUGUAAAUGAUAAUGCUAGUAUUAUAAAUAGUGAAGAAUGUGUACAGAAUGUAGUAAAAAUGCUACAAGUUAUUUAUGAAUUUAUAUUUUUAUGUAUUCGCAUAUAUAACGAUAUAAGCAUUAGUAAAUUAUUUGUAUUACCAUAUACAGUUGUUUCAAAUGUAUGUUUAGAUAAUGAUUUGAUAUGCGAACAAGUAAUUAGUAUUAUUGUUCUUCCUUUUAAUUAUUUAGGUUUGAAUGCUUUAAAUAGUAAAGAUAUGCAAAAAUUAUUAAGUAGUGUUAAUGAAAAACAUAAAAAAAAGUUAAGUCUAGAUAUAAUAGAUGCUAUAAUAGAAUGCAAAAAUAAAUCUAUAGUUUAUGAAGACGUAGAAGAAGUUCUAAAAUAUAUUUCUUCUAUAUUUCAUGAUGAAGAAAAUAAGGAUGAUGUGUUUAAUUUAGAAAAUAAUUCAGCAUAUACAUCUGAGAAAUUAUGUAAAUUUUUUCAUAUUAUAACUAAUACUAAUGAUAUUGAACAAAAAUAUAAUAUAUGUAUGUUAUUUUAUAAAUAUAUUGCAAAUAGUGGUUAUCUUAUACAUUUAUUGCCAACAAUUAUAUUUAGCAUGUUGAAUUUAGUUACAUCAAUAACAAAUUUAGUAACUAAUCAAUCAGAAAAGAAAGAAGAUACAUAUGAUGAUUUAAUUGAAGAUAAAAAUGACAGAAUUUCUAAUAAUUUAAUAACAGAUUAUCAAAAUGAUAUUUUAGAUGAAAAAAGAGUAAAUGAAUAUAACAUUUAUGUUAAAAAUAUUUUUAAAUUUAUUCAUACUAAUCUUCUAUCAGUAUCUAGUAAAAUUCCUAUUUUAGCUUUCAAAUUAUUUUUAUAUAGUGCUGUUGUAGUGAAUAAUUAUAAUAGUUUUUUACAAGCGUAUCAUUAUAUAUCUUUUGAUAAUUUAGAAGCAAUAUGUUAUGAAUUUAUUACACAACCUUUAAUAAUUUACGAAGAAGAUAUAAAUAUAUCAUCACAACAAUUCGAUUGCAUUACAUGGGCGAUUGGAAUUUUGUGUUCAUAUAUUACAUUACUUGAAAAUGAAAAUUAUGAUAAUAUUGCUUUAAAACUAACACAACAUGCAAAUAAAUUAUUAAAAAAAAAAGAUCAAUGUAUUGGAGUUUUACAAUGCUCUCAUUUAUAUUGGGAAAAUAAAAAAUAUCGAAAUAGUAGUAAAGUUUUUGACUGCUUACAAAAAAGUAUAAAAAAUGCUGAUAUAGCUAUACAAUCAAAUAGUGAUAAUAUAUAUCUAUUUGUAUAUAUGUUACAAAAAUAUGUAUAUUAUUAUGAAGCAGAAAAUAUUGAAAUCACAGAGGACAAUUUGCAUUAUUUAAUAGGUAUAUGUGAAGAUUAUUACAAACAAUCAAAUAGUGAUAAUAUUUUUAAACAAGAAUAUAAGCAAAUUGUUAAGUAUAUAUAUGAAAAAAAAAAGAAUUCAAAUUUAUUUCUUAAAAUAAAUGUAGACACAUCUAUUUUACUAUGA